AUGAGAGGUUGGCACCCGAACCUCCCCGGUUACCUUACCAUCUGGUGUUAUCUGGCGCAAGUAGCAUACUCGGUUGGCUUCCUGACGCAGGGCUGUCAGUUGAACUGGGAGUACGAGGACGGCGAGGCCCGGACGUACUGUCUCGACCACGUAUGUAACAUUAACGCCUACACCGCGAUCCCAUUGGACUGGUGUAUUGCAGAUGUCGACGGUGUCUUGACUCCUCGGAGGAUGGGAAAUUUUCGACAGCGGUGCUUCGAUUGCAGAGUCACGGAAGAUCGCUACCAUCUAGGUUGUGAUUGCAUCAAAUUCGACGGAACUAUCGUUUACAGCGAGAUCAACAUAAAUGAUGUGCUCUAUAACUGGUGGGGUUGGCUCUCCUGUUUCGGUUAUUAUGAGAAGUUUUACGAGCGUGAUUACCCCUGUAAACAUGAAAUCGGCUGGAUGCCCGACGCUUCGGUUCCCGACAUGACCUGCGCGCACGGCUGUCCUGAAGUCAAGCCCUCAAGUUGGACUAGGCUUGAUAUCCCGGCGAUGGCAAACGUGAGCUCCGGUAACGCCUCGGAUGCACUGGUACGCUUCUCGAAAGUCGCUGGUGAAUCGGGACCUCGACCGGAACUUUCAACGGAAGAUGGAUAAACAAGGGGACGUUCACAUCAGUCGAGAUGAUCUUGUAAUCGACACAAGCCAAAUCUGUCAACGUGGGGCUGGUAUUGGGGGAAGCUCCCUGUCAUUCCGCCCAGCUCUCUAUCGUUUACGCUUAGGACGGCUAUUCGCAGACACAUAUUAGUCAUGUGGUAGAAACAUAGAUAAAGAUAGAGAAUGAAUUAAUGAUUUUCCUUCAACGCCUACCCCUUUUUCCUAUAUCGUAAAUCCA